CUUUCUCAGCUAUCUUUCUAUUAAGGAUUCUUAAAUGCCCCAAGUUCUGAUCCCUUACUUUUAACUACGUACAAUCCCUUUCAACUCAAAAUAUAUAUAUAAAGCCCUCCACCAAUAAUCUUAAUUCUAUUAGCUUUUCUAUCAUGGAACAUUUUCACGUUCAUCGUCACAUCUUCUUGUGGAUUUUGAUCGUAACAGUCGUCGAAAAAGGCUCAAUUGCAGAGGGCAUGGGCGUGAACUGGGGAACGCGGGCAUCUCAUCCGCUACCACCAGACAUCGUAGUGAAGCUGUUAAAAGAGAACGGAUUCAACAAAGUGAAACUGUUCGAAGCGGAUGCAGGAGCGUUGAAGGCGCUGGGGAGAUCAGGUAUUCAGGUUAUGGUUGGAAUACCUAAUGACAUGUUAGCAUCAUUGGCUAGCACUGUUCGUGCUGCUGAGGAAUGGGUGCAACAGAAUGUUUCUUCCUUUAUUUCCAAGAAUGGCGUCGAUAUCAGGUAUGUGGCAGUCGGAAAUGAGCCUUUUCUGAAAGCCUACAAAGACACAUUCAUUAAAACAACAUUACCAGCCUUAGAAAAUGUGCAAGCAGCUCUUAUUAAAGCAGGCUUAGGACGACAAGUCAAGAUUACUGUUCCAAUUAAUGCAGAUGUGUACCAAACAGACAGUGGAGUCCCUUCAGGUGGAAAUUUCAGAUCAGACAUUCAUGAUCUCAUGAUGAAAAUUGUCAAGUUCCUAAGUGACAAUGGGGGUCCUCUCACUAUUAACAUCUACCCUUUCCUUAGCCUGUACGCUGACCCUCAUUUCCCAAUUGACUUUGCCUUCUUCUCGGGCUCUUCCUCUCCAGUCGUGGACGGCUCCAUCACGUAUAACAAUGUUUUCGAAGCUAAUUAUGAUACCCUCGUUUGGGCUCUCGAGAAAAAUGGUUUUGGUUCGAUGCCUAUAAUCGUAGGAGAAAUCGGUUGGCCUACUGAUGGUGAUGCCAACGCAAACAUUGAAUAUGCUAGAAAGUUCAAUCAAGGUCUACUAGACCGAAUUAGUCGUGGUAUAGGUACCCCUAAACGGCCUACACCACCCGACAUUUACAUUUUCGGGCUCGUGGAUGAAGAUGCCAAGAGCAUUGAACCGGGGAAUUUCGAGCGCCAUUGGGGAGUUUUUGCCUUUGAUGGAGCCAUUAAAUACCAACUUGAUUUAGGUAACAAUCGAAGUCUGACACCAGCUAAAGGCGUACGAUAUUUGGCUAGGAAAUGGUGUAUAAUGGCACCUGAGGCAAAUGUUAUGGACCCGAGCUUGCCAGAAAGUAUAAAUUAUGCAUGUAGCUACGCAGAUUGCACUAGUCUUGGAUAUGGUUCGUCAUGUGGUGGACUUGACGUUAAGACCAACGCUUCAUAUGCCUUUAAUAUGUACUAUCAAACUAUGAAUCAACAGAAAGGGUCGUGUGAAAGGUUUCAUAAUUUGUCGGUCAUUACAACAAUUGAUCCAUCUCCUAGUUCUUCAAGCAGGGGCAGCUCUUCUUCUUGUCGAUUUGAGAUAAUGAUUGAUGUGGGUAGGCACCAGUCAAGGGCAAAUCCAGGAACUUCUUCUGCUACAAAGAUCAAACAUUUUUCUCUUCUUUUCUUUGUGCUAGCAUUCGUAGUGGACUACUACAUGUCUCUGCCUUAGCUCAUUUGAGAGUUCAUGUACAUACGUACCGCUCCUUACUAUAAAUUUCUUAUAAAUUUUA